AUGACGGAAGUGUGGAUAUCUGCAGUGGUUGGCUUGUUGAAGGCUGUGUGUUUUGUUGUGGACGUAAUCUCGUAUAUCCCGUGCUAUUUCAUCUACCGGCCGGACAAAGUCCUCAAACAGUCGAGACGCACAAAGGCUGUUCGUGUAGCAGACGGGCAGAGCGUCGCCUAUCGGUCUGUGGAGGUUAAAGGUCAGCUCAUCACAACUCUGUUCCCAGAAUGCCGCACACUGGACGACCUGUUUGAGCGUGCGGUGCGACUGUCGGCGAUUGAGCCGUGUCUGGGCACCCGUGAGUUGCUGAAGGAGGAAGACAAACUACAGCCCAAUGGAAGGGUCUUCAAAAAGGUCUUUAUCACUUGUAUUCUUAGUAGUCUUUAA